UUAUUUUUAUGGGGUCCACGGCUGCUCAUUCCCUAUAAAAUCCAAUUGUUGAGAGCCUCAUGCUUCAUCUUUUAGAAAUAAUCCAAGAGUUUGAUGCUGGUGUCAGUUUUAAGAAAGACCAUCUGUUUGGUUUUAGAAUUCAACCGAGGACGACUGCCGGAAAGAUAUUGAUAAUGGGUAGAAAAAAAAACGAGGACUGCCGGAAACACGUUACAGAAGUAGAAAAUAAGAAUACAUGGAUAUGCAAUUAUUGUAGUAUUGAGUAUGGCGGAGGAGCUUCUAGAAUUGAAGCACAUCUGGGUUUGAAUGGCAAAGGAGGCAUUAGGCGAUGCUCCAAAUAUCAUGAAGGAGUUUACAACAACAUGGCAUCCACUUCAAGUAAUCCACCACUAGAAGCUCAUGUGAUUAAUAGACUUUAUUCAGCACAAGAUCAAGUGGCUGAAGGUGGUCCAGAAGUGAUUGGCACUCAUACAAGAAGUUUACUUAACCAUCAAAAUAAUGCUGAAAUCAUGAAUUUAUCUGAAGGUGUGAACAGUAGCGGUUGUAACAUAAGUGUUUAUGAGAGUGAGAUUAAUCAAUUAAAACAAUUGGUUAUUGAUUUGGAAUGUGAUAAAAACGAUAUUGCAAAACAACUGCAAUCGUUGGAGUCUCGGGGCAAAAAACGCAAAUCAGAAGUUGAUAAGUGGUUGGAAGAAUUACCAAAUAUGAGAGAAAGUGCAAAUAAGAUGAAUAGCUCAGAUGACAUUCAUAAGAUAAAUAAGUUGAUCAUCAAUAUGAAAGAUUACAAGAAAAAGAAGCCUUUCACUUUGUCAACUGAAUUUGUCGGGGGGAGAUUAGAUAAAAAUAUCUGUGAAGUGUUGAAACAACUUGACGAUGAUAAAGUCUUUGUCAUUGGCAUAUAUGGAAUGGGAGGAGUAGGAAAAACUUUACUUGCAACUCUCGUGGAGAAUGAAGUAAAAAGGAAAGCAACUUUUAAGGAUGUGUUUUGGGUCACUGUUUCUCAAAAUUAUAGCAUCUCAAAACUGCAACAUGAUAUAACAAAAAGAAUAGGCUUGAAGCUUGAUGAAGAUGAUGAAAAAGUUAGAGCUGGCAACCUGUCUUUGGCAUUGGAGAAAAAGGGAAAAUCAAUUCUUAUUUUGGAUGAUGUUUGGAAAUAUAUUGAUUUGCAGAAGGUGGGAAUUCAUCCAAAAGUAAAUGGCAUUAAAGUGAUUCUAACAACUCGUUUGAAACAUGUAUGUCACCAGAUGGAUUGCCAGCCAUGUGCUAUACUACAAAUAGAUCCUCUUUAUGGCAACAAUAAAGAUUGGGAGUUGUUUAUGCUAAAACUCGGACAUGAUGGAACACCUAAGAUAUUUCCAAAUGAAAUAGAAAAGAUUGCGAGAUGUAUUGUAGAGAGAUUUAAGGGUUUACCGCUUGCAAUCAAUGUGAUGGCUAGAACCAUGAAAGGGGUUGAUGACUUUCAUCAAUGGAAACAUGCACUAAAUAAACUUAGAAAAUUGGAAAUGGGGCAAGAGGUGGAAGAAGAAAUCUUCAAAGUAUUAAAACGUAGUUUUGAUAAUUUGAUGGAAAAGAACUUGCAAAACUGUUUUUUGUAUUGUGCAUUAUUAUCUAAUGAUUGCGAUUGGGAUCUGCAUUGGGAUUGGGAUGAGUUUCAAAAAGAUGAGUUGAUCAUGAAGCUAGUUGAUCAUGGACAUAUAAAUGGGAGUAUGUGUUUGGAAGAAAUAUUUGAUGAGGGGAAUGCCAUAUUGAAGAAGCUUGAAUCCCAUUCUUUGAUUAGAUAUACUUCUAAUUAUUCGUUAUCCACGCAUCCCUUGGUUAGAAAUAUGGCCUGUUAUAUCUUGAAAGAGAGUCAGAGAAAUGCUAUGGUGAAGUUGAAUGAGAUAUUGAUUGAGAUACCUCUCUCACAUGGAUGGGCAACUGAUUUAGAGUUGGUUCAUAUGCAAGAUUGUGAUCUAGAAGAAAUCCCAGAGGGCAUGUCACCUGAUUGUCCGAAGCUGUCCACCUUGAUUAUAAAUAAAGUGUCUAUUAGAUAUAUUCCAGAGUGUUUUUUCAAAUAUAUGAAUAUUUUAUCAAUACUGGAUCUAUCCUAUAAUGAAAGGCUAGAAUCAUUGCCAAACUCUGUCAGUGAAUUGAGGUCUCUUAUUUCUUUAGUACUCUUUAGAUGUGAUAGAUUGAAACAUGUGCCCCCAUUGGGAGAACUACAAGCAUUGUCAAGAUUGAUCAUUUCAUUUACUUCCAUUGAGGAAGCACCACAAGGCUUGGAAAAACUAACCAAUUUGAAAUGGCUUGAUCUAUCUAGCAACAAGCUUUUGUAUAUAGAUUUUGGGUCUUUUACAUCCAAUUUGACUAAAUUGCAAUACCUCAAUUUCAGAGAUACCAAUUGUUAUCGCGAUUUUCGGGUGUCAAGUCAUUGAUUAGGCUUGAACCUUUCAAUCUUUGAUAAUCUCUAUUUUUUCUUGGGAAGGGCAAAAUUGAGAAAAAACCCUUAGAGUCUAAGUUCGGGGGUCGCUUUCACUACGGGAAGGUGUUAGGCACCCGCAAUGAUUAUAGAACCUUUUUCCUAGUUUAUUUCUACGCUUUACUGUUAUUGCCUACUUAUUGAAAAAGAAGUUUUAUUUGAGUGAAGAAUGGGGGAGAGAAGAUGAUUGAGAUUUUAUUUUAAUUUGGCUUGGAAGAGUUUUGACUCCUUGCCUACGUACCCUUUUAAGGGAUCAAAA